AGUUUUCGUGGUUACGGACGAUUGUUGUAAAGUUUAAUUUUACUUACCACUACUACAUACUUAAACUAUGUAACAAGUUUACUUAAUUAUACAACCUGUUUAACUUUUGGUUUUCGUGCACAGCAUAAAUGUAACCAAUACUACUAUCUAAAAUAACCAAGUGCUUUUUGACGGUUAAGCCUCUUUAUAUUUUUAUUUUUUGUUAAUUUCAUAUUACUUCUGGUUCACACGAGCAAUUGGUGGCUUAUUGAUUAUUUACCACCUAUGCUGCUCUAGUGAGGAAAUAUGAACAGGUCGGACCUCGAGAUCUAAAAACACGAUUGAGUUCAUUGAGCUUGAAAGUUUCCAUGAUUUCAUUUCAUAUAGCACCUACAGUUUUGUACUAACUAACCUCAUUAAAUUCCAUUCCAUUCCCCAUUUCGUACAAAAGGCUUUUGUUAAAAAAAAAAUUUUUUGGGCUAUAAAUUGCCUUUGCUUACCCAAUGGACGAAUCAAACAACUAAAAUGACAAACGUCAAAUACGUAAACGUAACUGUCAAAAUCGGUUCAAUUUUACGAGUCGACGAAAUUUGUUAUUGUUGAUAUUACGUACUUAUUACAUAUUGGCUUAUUGUUUUCCUGAGAAAAUAGUAAACUUUCUAUGAAAUAUGAAAAAUUUUCCAGUGUUUGUAUUUCCUGUUUCCUUAGAAUUUUACCUUAACGCUAGACACACUCAUAAACAGUUGUUAACUGUUUACAAUCCUUAUGAUUUCUCUGUAAAUUUCAAAGUAUUAUGUACGUCACCAAACAAGUUUACAGUCAUCGACCCAGAGGGUGUGAUCGCUCCACAAAGCUGUAUUGAUAUUGUCGUACGUUACACACAACCAUCUGUUUCACAUUGCGACACAAUAGAAAAAUUCAGAAUAACUAUGUUUGACAGAAAUACUCAGCAGGCUCUGGGAAAAAGAGACAUUCCAACCAAACUUAUUGAAGGUGAACCAUCAAGUACAAACCAAGAAAGCUUUGGUGAAAACUUUCAUCCAAUAGCAUCCAGAGCUGCACCAAUUAGACCUACUGAGGAUCAUACAAAAAUCUCAUGUAAUCAUACAGGACACCACAGGGAGCAUCAACCAACAAACAUGGUAGCAGUGGCAGUGAGUAUAUGUUGUAUAGCUGCAUUGCUAUUACCAACACAACCAGAACAAGCGGUAAAGUCACAGUGGCCUGACUGGCUUCAUAUUGGUGCCAAUCUUAAGCUAGUCUUCUCAUUUGUGCUCGGCCUUGUGAGCAUGCUUGUUUUGAGACCAUAGAUUCAAAUUAUAAUAUGUACAGCCUUAAAAAUAUGGGUUAUACAGAAAUAGACUUGAAUAUUGAAUAGUUAUAAACUUUUUGGUGAUAGUGACAGACUCCAUUCAUAUAAUUUAAAUGAAUUUAUUGAAAGGUAAACUUUGAGUCAAAAUUAGUUUCGUAAAUUACACUAUGUCAUAUUUUAUACAUAAUAAUGGACUACAAUUAGUUUUAGUACACAAUGUACCUUAAAGCACAUGUAUAGUUAUACUUUCAUGGCAUAAAUGGCAUAUUAUUAAUUAUGUAACGUACAUGACAGAAAUAAGAUAUUCUUUGAUUAUCCUUUUCACAUAAUGUUCUUUCAUAGUUUCUUUCAUCUACCUUUUUGUAACCUAAAAUAUUAUUAUUUUUAAUUAUUCGUAUCUGAUUUAUAUUAACUUUGUUUUCCUUCUUAAUAUCAUAAUGGUAUAUUUUCAAGCAAAAUAAACAUGUUUAUAAAUGUAAUAAAAUUACAGGGUAAAUGGAUUUAAUUAGACAAUUGGUUUGUAAAUAUUUUAUAACUUAAACUAUGUUAGUUUUAAGUUAAUUUUUACUAUUUUAUCCUUUGAUGAUUGAGUGCUGCUUCAUUAAUAAUUUGGUUGUGGUGCAAUAUUUAAAUAAAAAUGGUGCUAGAAGUGUAAUUGAAUUCAACGGUGUGGAUAUUUUAAUAACAAUAAAUCAAAGAUAUAUUGCAGCUACUAAAUCUUAUAUGCAUUAUAUAUUUUUUGCAUUUAAUGAAAAAAUCCUAUGCAUUUCAUCAAGUCAAACCAUUACUACACUGUGUAGUUUGCAGCACAAAUUUUAGUUUAACUAAGUUUAAUAUAUUUCUGUGAUUUGGGACCAUUAGCUGUGCAAACAUUGAUGCCAAAUAAAUUUGUAAAACAAAAAA